GUCAGUUGUUCAUUCAGUCCGUCUGUGAUUCACCGCGAAAAGAGCUAGCUUGGUGGCUAACGACUAGCUCAGAGACUUUUAAAGUUGACCGGAUGUGACGUCGGGUGUUGUUCCUGUGGUGGGCGGGGCCUGUGACGCUCCUGAGUGCCUGUCUGUCGGUAGCGGGGCGAAAUGUAAACAGCUAGCAUGAGCAGCUAGCAUGAGCAGCCACCCUGAGCGCAGUUCACGGACCCGGUGUCGGUGUCGGUGUCGGUCGGACAGACAGACGGACUUUAUCUGACAGUGGCGUCCUCAGCUGCUCGCUCCGCUCACUACUUCCUGUUGGUGGCACAGAAGAAGAAGAGUUAAUUCUUUGUGUAUAUUUGAUUCAUGACGAGCUGCCACAGACUGUACGUCAUGUUCAGACCGAUAGGUGCGUUUGUUUUGUGAAACCCUCGGCAGGGUGGAGACAGGCUGACAGAAGGGCGGUUGAAAAGACUCGAGAACGCCGAGGUUCCCCUGGCGGCCAUGUUGGGGCCUCAGCUGCUGCCCGUCACCUUCGCCGCCGCGCCUCCGUCUUAAAGCAGCCAACUGUUGUGACGAAGCUGAAACUGAGGCUGCGUUUCUCCCAUGAAGGCUUCAGAUUCUUGAUACAUUUUUUCUUGCGGUUGUUAUUUGAGUUUAAACGAGUUCGUGUUUGUUCUGUCAGACCUCGUUUCUUCAUCCGGUCAUGGCGGAGUCCGGCACAGAGCCGGCUGCGGCGGCACACCUGCCGAUCGAACGCAGCAAAGAGGAGCCGUCUCUUCCCGCAGAAAGCGUCUCCAAAGAACUCCUCGUAACUGUGGCGACGGAGGGGUCAGGUGCCGAGGCCCCGAGCAGCAACGGCGCCGCCGACAGUCCACUUCCUGCCAAAGUCCCAGAUGAGGAGGAGGAGGAGGAGGCCACGCCCACGCCGCCGGAGUCGUCUUCGCUGUCGUCUGAAUUUGGAACGGUAACCGCCGUCACCACAGAAGAAGAGUCUCUGUCAGUGGUGCUCAGACACAUGAAGACGGGAGGAGAGCGAGGUCUGGACCUGGACCUGGAGGAGAGCUCCUCUGUGGCGACGGCGGGCGGCUCGGACGACCAGCGGGAGUCCACAGACUCCGCCUCCUUCUCCAUCCCGAGCCUGGAGCUGUCAGACGGGGUCACGGCAGCAGGAAACUCCCUGGAUGUGGAGGACGGCCUGUCCUCGUCCUACUCCGCUCUGGGUGUGGAGGGCGGCUCUCCGUCCACCGACGUCCCGAGUCUGAAGGACGACACGCUGGAAGCUGCUGGGGGCGCUGUGGCUGCAGCUGCUCCUCCUCCUGCUGCCUCCGCUGCCGCUGCGGCGGCGGCGCCGGAGGCCGGGCCGUCCAUGCCGGCGUAUUACCUGGUGAAGUGGAUCACCUGGAAGGAGAAGAAGACUCCCAUCAUCACUCAGAGUGAGAACGGACCCUGCCCCCUGCUGGCCAUCAUGAACACGCUCUUCCUCCGCUGGAAGGCCAAACUUCCCGCUCAGACUGAAGUCGUCACCACUGAGGACCUGAUGGCUCACCUGGGUGAGUGCGUGUUGUCUGUUACACCCCGAGAGAAGACUGAUGGGAUGGAGCUCAACUUCCAACAGAACAUGAGUGAUGCGAUGGCGGUGCUCCCUAAGCUCUCCACAGGUCUGGAUGUUAACGUGCGUUUCACCGGAGUGACGGACUUUGAAUACACGCCGGAGUGCAUCGUGUUCGACCUGCUGAACAUCCCGCUGUACCACGGCUGGCUCGUCGACCCGCAGAGUCCAGAGAUGGUGGCGUCUGUGGGGAAACUGAGCUACAACCAGCUGGUGGAGAAAAUCAUCGACUACAAACACUCAGCUGACAGCAGCCGAGUCAGUGAAGGUCUGGUGGCGGAGCAGUUCCUGGAGUCGACGGCGACCCAGCUGUCGUAUCACGGUCUGUGUGAACUCAACACGACGGCCAAAGAGGGAGAAAUCUCUGUGUUCUUCAGAAACAACCACUUCAGUACCAUGAUCAAACACAAGGGUCACCUGUACCUGCUGGUGACGGACCAGGGCUUCCUGCAGGAGGAGGGUUUGGUCUGGGAAUCUCUUCAUAACGUCGAAGGAGAUGGAAACUUCUGUGACUCGGACUUCCGGCUGUGUCAUCCUCCGCAGAGAGCUCCGCCCACCGCCGUCCUGCCGCCCACCGCCCAGGAGCAGCAGAGACAGAUCGACCAGGACUACCUGGUGGCGGUGUCCCUGCAGCAGCAGCAGGGCGGGGCCCCGGGGCCCCUCAGCGACCUGGAACUGGCCCGACAACUCCAACAGGAGGAAUACCAGCAACAGCAGCAACUCCAGCAACAACAGCAACAACAGCAGCAACAGCAGCAACAGGGGUCAGAGGUCAAGGGUCACAGCAGGGCGGAGCCCGGAGAAGAGACAAGGACUCAGACUGUGUUGUCCUAUAGACUCUUCAUCAUCGCCAUCAUCCAAACCUCCCCCCCCCCCGAAUACAGUCUCGGGAGGACACACACACACACACACACACACACACACACACACACACACACGCGCACUCUCAGCUCGAUGCCAAACCCCCGUCAGUGCUUUCUGUUGUUUGAACUCGGAGCUUCAGUUUCUAAACCAUAACUGACGGCAAUUGAUCACUAAUGCUUAUUGACCAGCUAUUGAUAGGAACCGCUGUUGGAUGAAGAGCUGACAUUAAACCAUUAAUCGCUGAUAGAUGGAUUUUUGAUUGAGUGUUAUCGGUCUAUUUGUCUAAUAAUUACUGACCUCAUUAAAAAAAAGUUCAACAUUCAAAUCAAUUCAGCAGUUUUAAAGGUUAAUCAACAAUAUUAAUAGUUAAUCAAUCAGGUUUGUCUUUCUAAUAAGCCUCAAGAAAACAUCUUAAAUUCUAAAUGAGUUGUUAAUAAUUAAUUCUCUGUAUAAUAAUCCAGUGUUUUCAAUGUUAAUAAGUGGUUGAAAAAUAGAUUCCAGAAGGUCAAACUGAUUGUAGCUGAUCAAUGAAGCAUUAUUGAUCAAUAAUAAAGCCGUUGGUUACCGGUGAAGACUCAUUAGAGAGUGGUUCCAUCUAACGAUGAAGGGAAACCUGUUAAUGUUUUAUUUUACAUGAAAUCGCCUUCUGAUGGGACCAGUUCCACCAGCAGAGGUCACUUGUUGCUCUAAAGCGCCUCCUCUGAUGGGACCAGUUCCACCAGCAGAGGUCACUUGUUGCUCUAAAGCGCCUCCUCUGGUGAAACUGACCCUCUGCAACAAGCUGCUUCACUCAGCCAGGUUAAAGUUCAAAAGUCCCUUCAGAUUUCCACCGCUUUUAGCUUCCCAUCUAAUCCCAGUUAAUUAAUGCAGGAAAGGAGCUCUGGAGUCCAAUUAAUGUUCUCGUUAAGUUCGAUGAUUAAAAUGAUUAUUAACGUUCUUAAAAACUGCAGUUUGCUGCAUUUAUCUCCUAAUUAAUGAAACUCUAAUUAUGGAUAAAUUAUAGUGAAACAGGAAUGCCGUCGGCUCCAUGAACAGGAUGUAUUAUUCCAUAUUUAAUAUCACAAAUAUCUGACGCUGCGUUCACUGCCAGCUGGUAGAAAACGUCUCCACUGCAGAGCUUAUCUCCUUCAUUUAAAAAAAAUAAAUAAAACACAGCAGAACUUCCUGUGUAUGGAAGCCUGAAGCGGCCAAUAAAGUACGAUCAGAGUAAUUAAACUACUGAUUUUGUUGACUUUUUAGCGAUUAAGUCAUAAAUGGGUCAAAGGUUAGACUUUUCUUAUGUCAAAUUAAAUCAUUUUGCCUAAAAACUUGCCUGCCUCAAAAUUAUGACUUAGUACUUUAACGUUUGCUCUGUCAUCAAUGUGUUUAUUGUUUCUGGGUGUUUCUGGGUGUCCCUACAUUAAAACGAGUUGUGGGAACAAACUGGGCGGUGAAAAGCUCCGUGGUUCAGUUGGGAUUUCAAAUUAAAAGCACAGUUUGGACUAAAACCAUGUUGUAACUGAUAACUGUUCAAACCUGGUUGUUGAUAAAGUUUUUCCUCUUUGGUUUGAAAGUGAACCAAAAGGUCCUGAUUAAACACGACUUCUUUAAAGUCAGUUAACGUCUUAAACGGAGUGUCCUCUGAUUCCCAUCAUGCCCCUCUCUGAGUGCUGGGGGGCGUCGCCGGUACUUCCUGUUGUCGUCCGGUGUUUUUCCAGGUGUGACAGCCGAGCUUCAGUGUGACUCUGUACAAGCUUUGUAUUUAAUUUGUCAUGAUGUCAAAUUAUCAGUAAAAACUAAAACAAA